AUGUGUCAAAACUUCGCAUUUUUUGUAGGAGUAGACGAUCCACACAUAAUACCUAGCGCCCAAAUUACCGCAAGCUCUUAUUAUCUAAGUUAUUAUCCACGCAUGGGACGGCUUAAUGGAGUAAAAGGUUGGUGUCAGAAAACUACUGCAAUCACCGAUGACUACAUACAAGUUGAUAUGGGAGCGCUUCACACUGUCUGCGCAAUCACAACGCAAGGAAAGAAAAACGGGUCAUGCGUCAAAAGCUACAAGCUGUCCUUCUCUUCUGAUAAAAGCAGCUGGAGUGUAUAUCAGGAACAAAACACUGACAAGGUUUGA